CAGCGCUGAUUGGCGGAGGCGCUGAAUGGAUGUGUAUAGAAGGCAGUGUCACCAGCGCUGGGGGAAGCAGUGUUAGGAGGUGCUCAGUGAGCAGAGAAGCGUCUGCAGCGCCAGGUACUAUACUGUAUGUAGCUGCACUUGCUCAGCUGAAAACUUCUUGGACACAGGCAGCACCGCACACACACUGGGUUAAUAUGGACGGUGUCUUCCAGGAAUGGGGGGGAUACGUGGAAUAAUAUAAACUACUCAGAGAAGAAGCAGUGCUGAGCUUUAUGAGUCCAGAGAACAGCGAAGGAUGAGGACUGUGCUCAGCAAGUGGUAACAUGUAUUUAGGAGUCCUCUCUGCAGCCUCACUACAAUGGGCUAUGAACAGAGUUUCCCAAUAUUUUGGCCAGCAAAGUAGAACGUCAGCAAUUUCAAGAAUGAGGUGAUGGACGGGAUACGUUUGACUGGAGCUGCAAUGACAAAAAUUGCGGAACUUAAUGAUAUUUCACAGGAACUGGCAAGUUUAAUCUUAAGGGCACUGAUUUCCCAUCUUCCCAUGCCUACUGACUGUGAUGGAAGAACUUGAUAGUAAUGUGAGCGUACAUGAGGGAUUCGGUGUGGGGGAGAAGACAGUACUCAUCACCUUCAUCUCAGCAGUCAUUCUAAUGACCAUUCUGGGCAACCUUCUAGUGAUGGUGGCAGUAUGCCGGGAUAGACAGCUGAGGAAAAUUAAAACCAAUUACUUCAUCGUGUCACUUGCUUUUGCUGACUUGCUGGUAUCAGUACUGGUAAUGCCAUUUGGAGCCAUAGAGUUAGUACAAGACAAGUGGAUUUAUGGGGAGAUGUUUUGCUUGGUACGUACCUCACUCGAUGUUCUACUGACCACAGCUUCCAUCCUGCACCUAUGCUGUAUUUCAUUGGACAGAUACUACGCGAUCUGCUGCCAGCCUCUGGUUUACAGGAACAAGAUGACACCACUGCGAAUAGCAUUGAUGCUUGGAGGCUGUUGGAUUAUUCCAACAUUUAUAUCAUUCCUCCCAAUUAUGCAAGGAUGGAAUAGCAUUGGCAUUCUAGACUUGAUAGAAAAGAGAAAAUUCAGUAAAGAUUCCAAUUCAACAUACUGUAUCUUUAUGGUCAACAAGCCGUAUGCUAUAACAUGUUCAGUGGUAGCUUUUUACAUUCCUUUUUUCUUGAUGGUGCUUGCUUACUAUCGCAUUUACCUCACAGCUCGAGAACAUGCCAGACAAAUUGGAGUUUUACAACGGGCUGGAGCCCCAGUGGACCAUCGACAUCAGCAUCCUGAUCAACAUACCACACACAGAAUGAAGACAGAAACCAAAGCUGCUAAGACAUUGUGCAUUAUCAUGGGCUGUUUCUGCCUUUGUUGGGCCCCAUUUUUUAUCACCAAUGUGAUUGACCCUUUCAUAAACUACUCUGUACCAGGACAGCUGUGGACAGCAUUUCUCUGGUUAGGAUACAUAAAUUCAGGGUUGAACCCUUUCCUGUAUGCCUUUCUGAACAAGUCUUUCAGGCGUGCCUUCCUCAUUAUUUUGUGCUGUGGAGAUGAGAAGUAUCGAAGGCCUUCAAUAUUGGGACAAACCAUUCCAUGUUCAACCACAACUAUUAAUGGAUCCACACAUGUACUUAGGUACACAGUUCUAUAUAAUGGACACCACCAGGAGCAUGAGAAGCUUCCUAUCCACAAUGAUCCAGAGUCACAGGAAUCCUGUUUUUAGCAAACUCUCCACAUCCAGUCUCCUACAUGUCCAAACUGAAGCCAAGUGCUGGGCACAUACCCUCCUGCAGGCAACUAGCCAGAGCUUAAAGCUGAAUCAUAAGGUUAACGUAAUCAUAAUGUUACGUUGCUUCAGAUGGACUUCAGUGUUCUAUGCCUCUGACCACUCUUCCAGUGCUACUCUUAUCCAGACACUUCUCUGGACACACGUGGGUUAGACAAUCCACGUUUGCUAUUCGGAUUUUAGACUUCAGUGCUUACUGGUCCAUACCUGUAGUUUCAGAUUGCAAGGAUCACAAAGCAUUGCAGAGCAGGUGUGCCUGAACAUGUAUAUCAACCAAAGACUGGAUCAGCAUGGCAGAUUUUUGGUCUUCAGCUCAAGUGUGAAUAUAUGGGUGUAUGUAUGGACAUACUAUAUGCACACAUACACUCUUCCCAGUGCCUAUCUCUGAUGGAGAUAAUAUGACGGGCUGCAGGUCUUUGGGGAUCAUUAAGUAUAAUGCUGUGGAACCAGAAAGUGGGACUUUUAUAGCAGUGUAUUAUAUGAUGUUUCUGCAUGUACCUUUUUGUUCAAAGUAACAUAAUUCAUGUUAAAUUGGUCGGUAAGACAGUAUUCCUGUCAUUUAUGCUUGAGAUCGUUGGUGUUCAUUUGUUUUAAUUAAACAGACAAAAAAUA